AUGGAACCUUACGUGGCCGAAGAAGCCGAGGAAGAGGCCCGACCCGACGCCAACGCGUCGUCCGUCUCAGAACAACCUCCUCCCGAACAGCUCCCAACCCAGCAAGUUCCGUCCCCUCGAGCGGUCCCGCGUCGAGAUCCAACGCUUCCAGUACGUUUCGCAAGUCCGGUAACAGGACCAGAUGAUGGCUCAACAACUCGAAGACGUCCAUUUCGCCGGACUUCACGUGAUCGGUCUCCUCCAGAGAGGAAGGGACGAGAUGAUCACACUGAUCGAGGGGGGAGCCCUUUCUUUGGGGAACGUGAGAGGCAGACCUCAUCACCCUCUCCAAUUCGAGAGUUUCGUGGAGAAGAAACACGACGACGAGGUCGUGAUAAUCCAGCAACAGGUGCGAGAGAACGAUCUCCAUCUCCUAUAGUUGAGAAUGCCCGUGACCGCAGGGCCUCGAGAGCAGCACCCGAUCCAGUCAAAAGGAACAGCUACUUCAAUGAAGAGGAUACUGUUUACAUGCCCAGUUAUUUUGAGCGCUCGAGAAAUCCUGACGGAGCUGGCCGUUCUGAAUACUCCGAUGAUGAUGAAGAAGAAGUUGAUAUUCGUCGUCACCGAGGAGGAGCAACGAAUCCUUUUAGUCCCGACUAUGGAUCUAGAAGCAUACCAGUCACUCGUGCGGCACCGUCGAGAGGAUACCCGGACUACUAUGACAAUGAUGAAGUCGAUGUUCGGAUCCGAGAUGGGCGGCCUGGGGUUGAGCGUGUUCAGCGACCUCGAUUUGAAUCGCCCCGCCGUACUCGUCCAGAGCGACCUCGAGUUGCGAGUCGGUACGAUUCGGACGAAGACGUGCCUAUCAGAAUAUCACGGCGUCGUGAUUCGCUUGCGAUGGAAGGGGAAUUUGAAUAUUACAGGCCAGGGCCACCACGUGGUGAGCUUUCUGGGGCGGAUUAUGUUGGAGAUUUCGCACCCCGAACAGCAAGAGUAGGGAGUUCUUAUGUCACUCCUCGUGUAUAUCCUCGUGAGAGGUAUGUUGAGGCGCCUCGUACCCGGCUACCACCUCCUCGUCGCCUCUCGACUCUCAACCGCGAUGACGAAGACGUUGACACCAGAGUGGAAAGAGAGCGUGAGCGGACUCGGUACACAGUUCCUGAACAUGACCCAUCCAGACCCUCGAACAACAGUUAUGCCACUCCAACAAUAUACAACCGUAGUCGGUAUCGAACAUCGACGCCUCCGCCGCCUCCACCGCCAACAGUGGCCCCCGUUAUCAUCAAUAAUCGCAUCUACUAUGACUCUGAUGAUGACGACAGAUACCAAAGGGAUACUCAGAAAAUACGAUUAAGGUCUAGGUCGGGGUCCAGAUCCAGAUCCAGAUCUAGUGGGUCCCCUCCACCACCAUCAGCACAACCUGUCAUCAUCAACAAUCGCAUAUACCGUGAUUACGAGGACGAAUAUACUCGUCACGAUCGCGUGGAUAACGAGUAUCUCAGCCUUGUUAGGUCUUCAGGUCAUUCACGAAGUCGAAGUCGGGCACAUAAUCGGUCCAAGGCACCUUCAGUUGCACCAGUGAUUAUCAAUAAUCGAAUCACAGAUGACUACGAGGCUGAAAAUUACGGCACGAGGAGAUGGGAUGAACCCGAUCUUGGCUUUGUCUCUGAAGCAUACCCGUUCUCCCUUUCUCGCCACAGCAAGAAUUUACAUGGGACAGAGAGUAUUAUGAGCUCGAUAUCUGAUAUCUCUGACGUGUCCGAGAAAAGCGAGCAGAACAUCCAACCACCGCCGAAGUUGAAGUCGGAGUCGGGCAGAACUUAUGAGGUUCUUCGAUCUCGAUACACUGGCGACGGUGUCAUCGGAGGUUCUCAUGCCGUGCAACUCGCUAUCGCGCCUGAUACUCCUUCCACCUCAAGCAAAGGUGUGGCUGCUGUUUUCAGAUGGGUGCAUUUUGAAGAUAAGACCAUGGACUUUGACAAUUUUGAGCACAAUGUGCUCAAUAUCCCUGGACUGACGGAAUUCGAAACGGCUGCCAUCGCCAAAAUUCUCGGUCGUGCGAGGAGGGGUUAUGAUAAGCCUUUACAGACAUCGACGAAAGCAAAGUCAAGAUUCAUGGUACCUUCUUUCCUUCAAGAUAAUGUCUCUGAAGAGAAGCGGUCGGUAUCAUCAAAGGCAAAGGCAAUUUCUUGGUUAUGCGUUCCGUAUUUUUGCUUGGAGAAGUAUUCCGCACCAUCUGGACUAAAAACAUCCUCCCAUCCCAUGAGGACCCUGCUGCAAGCAAGAUUCGCUUUGGUUCAGAAGGAAAGGGACAUGAAGCAAGCUGUAUGUUACUUACAGAACAUUCCAGCUGAAAAUUGCUUUCACAUUGCUCAGGUGUGGUUUAUCAUACUAGAUGACUCCCUGGUUGUGUCUUGUUCCAGACUGCCCAUGAACUCUUUACAUGGCGAUUUCAUAUCAACACUUCCCAAGGCCGAAGUCCAGCCGUCACUGAGUUCACCACACAUACAUGUCUCGACAAAAAGCUCCCUGCUCUGGACUAUUCCACUGGAAGAAUGCCAAUCCUGGUUUGCUUUUAUUUCCCACUUCUGGGAUUACUGGCCCCUACAAGUCGAAGUGAAGUUGAAUGAGAAGCCAAUCACGGCUUCGGACUGGCCAAGGAUAACAAAGCUGGCAGAGAAGACCACAGUACGCUUGGUGGUUGACUUUCGGCCAUCCAAAAAAUCGGAAGCUGCAAAGGGGUCGCUUUUGUUCCAAGCGGCACCAACACACGACGCCGAGGAUGCUUCAGAUAUCCCUUCUCGCGGCCUUGCAGGAAAUACCCCUUCACUCCAUCCAACCGAUCAUAGGAGGCCGAACAACUCUCAGAGCGCACCUUCGAAUCCAUCCAACGAGGAGUUUCAUGUUUUUACAUGGCUUAACUCUCGCAGCGGAGGCCAGAACUCCAGCCGAGACACUUCAGCUGGCAACGUCAAUUUUAUCUUGGCUGGCUUCGAGGAGCAAGGACUGCAGGAUGAUAUGACCGAGAUCGACAACUAUCUUACCAAGGAGACCAGUCUAAACCACCGCCUGAUAUAUAACAGAAGCCCUGAAAGCAACAACAGGUCAGAUAUUUAUAGACGCCUUUCCGAGCUGAAGCCAGAUGCUACAUCAACCGAGGAGCAUAUGAUUGCACGCUAUGAAAGCUCGGUCGGUAUUCUCAAUGCUGCAGAGCUGUUGUACAGAUUUUUCCUUCCCUCGGAGUAUGAAGCUCCGACAAUCCCCAAGUUCUGGGGAACUUUUGCCAGGCUAAUCAAAUCUAUGCCGGAAUCAAAACCUUCAAGGCCAAGAACAACGUCUAAUCGUCAAGCAAAGGUCGACAAGGAAGCGACUGAAUUGUUGGAUUGGCUUAACCAGAUAAACAGCAGUACAGUUCCGUUCAAGGAUUAUCUGUCACAUGUUCCACUCGCGGAUCGAUCGGAUAUCCAAAUACCAGAGGAGUUCACGAGGGCGUGGCUCCAUCUGGUCCUGGCGCUUACGGCUGCAUUUGAAGAUAUGCGACUUUUUGACGUUCAGAUGACAACAUGCCAUGAGCUUAUUGACCAAGGCAUCAAAAUAGUGGUCUCGAGCAUAUCGAAGGUGGACAUUUCAAACUAUGCCGUAUUUCCGCCUUUCGAAUUUGCGUCGUUGAUCGCUUUUCAACUUUCUCGAGACGAGAAUGGUUCGACUUUGGAUAUAUCGGAUAUGUAUCUGGAGUAUCUGAAGACAUUGCAAUCGGACAUCGAAGCCAAUCCUCUAGUCCGAAGUCAUCAAGACCGGAUCGUCUGCUUGAAGCAAGAGAUCGAAGUCAUUGUCGAGACAUUGGAUGCUCAAAACUUCGUCUUGAGACAAGCCCAGCGUGGGUUUAGAGCCUCCCGAAUAGGUGCUCGCGAAGACGCCGAGCACGGUGAUGCGGGAUUUUCGCGACGGGCUUUCCAACGGACGGUAGGGCUUACACUACCUGCCGACUCAGCAGGCGUGCAGAGCCUUAUCAUCCAAGACAACCUUGCCCUGGUGGAGAAUCGAAUCAGAAGUUUCAUGGAGAUGCGUGAAAUAGCUUCGGAACUUGCAGAUUGGAAUAUACAGAAAAUUGACUCCAACAAAGACCGGCAAGAAGCAGCGAUCUACGCUUUUACGAUCGUCACCAUCAUCUUCUUGCCCCUAGGAACAGUCGCUGGUAUUAUGGGUAUGAAUACAUCCGACGUUCGUGACAUGCCUUUCGGACAAUGGGUUUACUGGGCAACGGCACUCCCUUUAACCAUUCUUGUCAUUGCUUUGUGUUUGGCCUGGGCGGGCGAACUGGAUAACUUUAAAGAAGGCUUCGCAAAUAUGUGGAGGAGAAAUCCGAGAGGGUAUGCUAUGAUUAGGGAGGUUUAUGAGACUGCAGGAAGGAGGGAGAGGUAUGGCUACAGAGGUGUGGCUGUCAAGGAGGCGAAGGCGAGACGAUCGAAUGUUUUGUAUGGGGGGAAGGAGAGCUAUGUUUGA